GCGUCACGUCCUUGUAAAUAGCAGUUCUGUACCUCUUAGGUGAUUUCAAGAUGAAUUCACACAGCCCAUUCUGGGGACCGACGACAUCGAAUGCUAACUUUUGUGAGGAGGAUUACUUGGUGACGCGAUAUAUUGCCGAGUUUGUCAAUACCUUAACCAAUCUUGUUUAUGUAUUCUAUGCAAUCUACGGCAUCAGCCAUCUCCGACGCAGAGCGAACACGGAUGUCUCCCACGUCCUCCCUUACUGGGGUUUGAUGGGUGUUGGAAUAGCGUCGGCGGCUUUUCAUAUGAAUCUCAAGUACCAUACCCAGAUGAUGGACGACGUAUCUAUGCUCCUCACCACAACGCCCGUCCUCCACCGCGUCAUGACAGUCAAUGCUUCUCGCACGACAUCAGUCGUCGUGGGAGUACUGCUUAGUUCAGCGCUGUUCGGCCUCGUAGUCCUUCAUGUGGUAACUGACGAGUUUAUUUUGCAUGCUGUGGCUUUUGUAGUCAGUAUAACAGUUAUUGGGGUCCGUACCAUGCAGCUCAUCGCUACACGGACGCCGAAGGAUUCAGCUGCCCGAAGGCAGAUCUGGGGGAUGGUUCGGUUUGGAGCAGUCAUCUUUGAAUUGGGAUUCGCCGUGUGGCUGGUCGAUGGGUGGAUAUGUGGGUUGUUGAGAAGCUCGCGGCACGCAAUUGGUCUGCCGUGGGCUUUUCUGUUGGAGCUCCAUGGAUGGUGGCAUAUUUUCACUGGAAUCGGCGCGUACAUCUUCAUCGCGGUGAUAGAUCAUCUGCUGUGCAGUGAGGACCCUGAAAGUAUACAAGGGUCAUUCGCUUGGCCUGCACCCUGUGCAGCGCGGUCGAUCUUCGCAGGAAAGGAAUCUCCGCCAACCGCCAAGUCAAGAUCCAAAUCAGAGUGAAGGAGACUGUGCUUUCG